GGGAUGCACGCGGGCAUGAAGAAACUCCUGGAUGACGUGAUGCCCGUGGCGCGGAAGGAGCUUCGUGCCCAGCAGGCGCGGCGCCAAGCGGCUCCCGACUCUCCGCGAGCGGCGCUGGCGCCAGCUCUGCCGCCGGAAGGGCGCUCCGAGGAGGUGGCUGCGCCGCCGCCGAGGAGGCUUCGAGAUGGCCAGAGCCGAAGGACCAUCAGCCCAAGGAGUCGCGGGAUCGGAACCGACCCUUCCCAACUGGUCCAGGACAACCUCGGAGUACCCGUACGCGGAGAGCAGCGACGAGGAAGAGGCGAGCAUGACGGACGAGAGAACUCCGCCUGCGGGGCCGCCUGGGCGAAUGGUGGAGCUGAAGGAAGCUCUGGAGGCCCAGCGGGACGGUGCGAAGCGGUGGUCUUCUGACGUGGCAGGGUCCAAGCACCUCAUCAGCAAGGCCGCCGCAAGGCCGCCGCAAGGCCGUCCCUCAGUGGAGGCACUGGCGAGGCACCGACACACCCAGAAGGCCAGCAAGAAGAAGAGGGACGCCAUGAAGGCGUGGGCGAACUGGGGCGGCGGCUCGCGGAAGGAGGAGAAGGGCAACGAGGACCACAAGAGGAAGAAACGAAACGAAUGGGGCGACUCUAAGAAGAAGGGCGUGUGCCGCGAGGAGCGGGGCCUGCCGAGGAGUGGGGCGGAUUCGCCGUGGCAGGAUGCGCCCUGGAGGAAGCAGAAGUAACAGGGCGCGAGGCCGCCUCUGACUUGGAAUACUGUUUUGAGGAGUAAGCCUUCGAGGAGUGCGCCCUUCAGUGGUGUGACGAGGACCCACAGCCACAUCGCCUAACCCGCCAGCCCUUCGUAUCCGUUCCCCCCCUGAUUCAUCGAUCCAAAAACCCAUUGCAAGGCUUCGGGGGCGAAAUACACGCCACUGCUUGGUCAAGCCGCAUGAGCCCACGACGCCACAAAGCGGGGAGGGUAUCUUGCUCAGCGAUCGCAGAGGGGGCAAGACUAGCUAUGGCCGGGACAGCGGCACUCUCAAUCUCACCGCUCUUGCAACACUUCCAAAAGCGGUGCACCGGUGUCUCUGGCUCAUCUCCGCACCUCGGGCACAACUUGCUGGCGCAAUACCCCGCCUCGAACAGGCGAGACUCCGUCCAAGAUCCACCGAUCAUGGCGUUCCUGAACACAACUUGGGCCUCAUCAUCAAAAUCUCGGCCGAACUCCUUAAUUCGCCGGCCCAACGGGCCAGAGGCGUGCUAAGAUCUCC